GUUUCAAGUAAUGAUGUUCGUAUAGGCAUAUCUGUAUAGAUGUAUCUACAUACAAGACUGAUUGAGAAGGACUCAAAAUAUACAAUUCUUUCUCGGGGUCAUGUCACAUCACUAUAACAAAGGAAAUGACACAAAUGAAACACGUAACAACAAUAAGGGAAGCCCAAGACUCCGACAUAUGCCCGAGACCCUGAUAUGUUGCUUCCCAACCCGGAGAAACCCCCGGGUUUCCUUCGACGCCUGGUUAAUUCCGAUCCUUUCAAUAAAACCCGUCCAUAUAAUAUAUACAUGUGGUGAGAAGAGAAGAAGCAAACAAAAAAUUGUAUGUAUAUGAGUUCCUGUCCCAGACACCUGUUCCUGAACCCUAAACCCGGGUAGAAAGUAAUAAAAAUAACACGCAUAAAAGGGUAUCAUUAAAGAAUCAGAAGGUGCUGCAAGGU